CUAGGACUCCUUCGGUAUCAAAGAUAGAGAACCGUUGUUAUAGUAAACUUUAUUAAAAUUCAAGAUAUUUUUUAAAUAAAUUUAUUAGCGAAAUCUAUUUAAUUGGAUUAAUUGAUUUUAAAGAAUAUCUUAAAAGAUUAAAAAUAAAAUUUCAUUCUGAUUUUGUUGGCGAUAACAAAAAGAAGUAUACACUUAUGUACAGUAUAGUUGAUUCUUAAUGAUCUCAUUUUAAGUUUGAAUUCAUCCAGAUGAUUAUGAAUAAUGGAACUAGUAAUCAAGUAAUUUUUGCAACAGGAGGUUAUGAUCAUACUAUAAAAUUAUGGCAACCGCAUACAGGGAAUUGCAAACGUACUUUUACAGAAACAGAAUUUCAAGUAAAUGCCCUAGAUAUUACACCUGAUAAGUAUUUUAUAGGCGCAGCAGGAUAUCAACAUAUUCGCAUGUACGAUUUAGGAGCAAAUGAUCCAAAUCCAAUUAUUACUUACGAAGGAGGUUCCAAAAAUGUCAGCGGUUUUGGCUUUCAGGAAGAAGGUAAAUGGAUGUAUACCGGAGGUGAGGAUUGUUCUGCACGUAUAUGGGAUCUUAGAUAUUAUAAUGGUAAAUGUCAAAGAAUAUUUCAAGUCUCUGCUCCUGUAAAUUGUGUAUGCUUGCAUCCUAAUCAAGCAGAAUUAAUAGUCGGCGAUCAAAGUGGCGUUAUACAUUUAUGGGAUCUUCGUUCGGAUCAUAAUGAACAAUUGAUACCAGAAACUGAAGCUUCUAUACAAGAUAUUGCAAUAAAUCAAGAUGGUACAUAUAUGGCUGCUGUAAAUAAUAAAGGUCAUUGUUACGUCUGGACUCUAACAGGAGGUAUUGGAGAGGAACCAACCAAACCUAUUCCUCGCCAUAAACUUUUGGCUCAUAAUCGUUAUGGAUUACGUUGUAAAUUUAGUCCCGAUUCUACCCUGCUCGUGACUACGUCUGCUGAUCAAACCGCUAGAGUAUGGAAAACUACGGAUUUCUCAGAGAUACAGGUAUUGCAACACGAAGCAAAACGUUGGGUUUGGGAUGCAGCUUUCAGUGCAGAUUCACAAUAUGUAUUCACUGCUUCUUCUGAUGGCAUUGCAAGAUUAUGGAACGUUACAACUGGAGCGAUAGAACGCGAGUAUAAAGGCCAUCAAAAAGCAGUAACCGCAUUGGUAUUUUAUGAAGAAGCUGUAACGACGACGGCUUAAUAGCUGAAACGAAAGGUGUAUAGAAUAAAUCUUUUCUAAUUUAUUAAAACGAUAAACUAAUGUUUCUACAGAACAAUACGCAAUAUUAUUUAGAGAAAUAAUAUUAUGUUCGCAAUAAACUAUAUGUAUUAUACAUCCGUAUUACACACACACACACACACACACACACACACACACACACACACACACACACACACACACACACACACACACACACACACACACACACAUAUAUAUAUAGAGUGAAUUGUGAAUGACGUGCAAAAAAAAAAGAAAAGAAAAAGAAAAAACCAGGAUAUAUAGAGAAAAUAUAUCAUUUCAGAUUUUUCACUAAAGUUAAAUCGAAUGUGAUAUUAGAAAGAAGGGAAAAUCUGAAAUUUUCGUUUCAUUUUAUUUCAUUUCGUUUUAUUACGUUUCUUACAUUGAACGAUUAUAUGAAUGACUAAUUCGCCGUUCGAAAGAACGAUAAACGAAAUGUUACGAUGAUAAACCUAAUAAAUGUUAGGAUGAUAAACUUAAA